GUUCUGCCUGUUCCGCGCCUGUUUGUAACGUGCCUCAUUCGCUCUCGUACGGUGUUGCAGCUUUCUCGCCCAUGCUGCAUUCUUCUCGUUUUUCAACUGUUCACAUUCGCCUACUGUUGGGAUUUUACCUUAAGCGUUCAUUGCUAUUUCAAGACCUGUCUAGCUUCAUUAACUGUCAUUGUCAUGUGGGGAAAGCAAGAGAAAAAUAAACGGCACUAAGUUGUAAUCCGAUGAGCAAGUCGCACGCGUUUUGUAACUGUUCGUCUUCGAUCCGAAAUUACUGCACGAAAGCUGUAGGUUACAGCAGUUUGGCGACGAAAACGGAAAAAACCUGCGCGGAAGAGAGGAGUUCAACGUCGGAACAACAGAAGUUUGCGGUUCCGGAACGGGAUUUACAACGAGCGAGGAGAUUUCAAAGGAGUAUCCAUCUGCGGAAGGAGUAGCCAUUGCUGGUGCUCUGGAAGGGGGCACUACCGGACGGCGAUUGCGUGUUGUGCAUACGACGAGUUGGAGUGUAUGUGCAACCUGUUAGUUCUCUGCGAGGAGAGAAGAGAUACCCGAUUUUGCUGCUGCUGCGAGCUGGUUCGAACAUUUUGCUGCUGUGUGUUGGUGAGGCCAUACGAUGAGCGACACGGAGGACGAAACCGCCGCGGCUCGGCUGGCUGCUGCGGCUGCGAUUGCGAACAAUGCUGCUGUUGUUGCUGCGCCGGUUCCACCCAAUUUUGCUAUGGAACCGUUCGAUAAGGAAAAGUGCAAGUGGGCGAGAUGGGUGAAACGCUUGGAAGGCAUUUUUCGAAUUUUUACGGUGCCGCCCAAUCGCCACAAGGACUAUCUACUUCACUAUAUGGGGACCGCGACGUAUGAUUUACUCUGCGAUCAUAUGGGUCCUGUCGAGCCAGAAACCAAAACAUACACCGAGAUCGUGAACAUUUUGGGCGCAUUUUUCGAUCCUGAGCCGCUCGAGAUGGUUGAAGUCUAGAAAUUUCGCAACCGGCAUCAAAGAGAAGGUGAAUCCAUGAAGGAGUUCGUGACAGAGCUACAGCGCGACGCAAAGUUUUGCCAAUUCGGAAACUACCUGAACAAGGAACUUCGGAAUCAGCUGGUCUUCGGCAUGCGAUCGAAGCGGAUUCGAUCGCGGCUAAUUGAGGAGAAAGCUUUAACGUUCGAGAAGGCGGUGGACAUUGCGCUCUCAAUGGAAGCGUCUGGUGAGGGCGCGGAGCUUUUCGACAAGCGUCCGCAUGAUGUCAACUACACUGAGAAGCGGUCACCGAAGGUAACUAACAUUACUAAUAAGAAAUGCUACCGAUGUGGAAGUGGGGCUCACUUGGCGAACGCUUGCCGUCACAAGGACACUGUUUGCAGUUUCUGCAAGAAGUCCGGGCAUUUGCAGCGAGUGUGCCUCAAGUUCCAAUCGCAGGGGGGACAAUCUAAACAGAGUAACGAUAACAAAGAAACAAAAACGAAAAAGAAAAUGCAUACAAACUUGAUUAAUGAGGGGAAUUGUACUGAAGAGGAAAGGGAUGAUGAAGAAACAGAAGUCGAUGAGGUCCUAACUCUAGAGAUUUGCAAGGUUGAAAAAUCAAAGUCUUUGUCGAAAGUUAUCCUACCGUUGAAUGUAAACAAAAAGAUCAUCAAAUUUGAGGUCGAUUGCGGCUCUCCCGUUUCACUCAUGAGCCUUAACGACAAAAAGACGUAUCUGAAUGAACUGCCGUUGCUGAAUACUGACGUGGAACUGAUAAGCUACUGUGGAGGUAAAAUCGAGGUUUGUGGGUAUGUGAAAGCGGAGGUAAAACACAACGGUCAGACGGCUGCGAUGCGGUUGUUUGUCGUUAACACGGAACGUCAUCCUUUGCUUGGCCGUGAGUGGAUGCGGGAACUGAAUGUUGAUUGGAACAGUGUCAUUCGUAACCCAGAGUCUUGCGUGUGA